AUGUCUUCGCCUCUUACAUCGUCCUCUUCGACAGGAACACUAGUCGAGUCUUUCGAUUCUUACACCCUCCAGCAAACACCGAGGAGAAAGUCAUCGUCAUCCCAUGGGUCUUCGGUCACUAUGAUUACAACCUAUCCCUCUAAUGAAGAGGAAUUUUCACGAUUCCCUGAAGCAGUCAGGAGAAAGUACUUUAGCAGCGUAGAGCGGCUUCGACUAACCCAAAAGUCGAACAACAAUCGAUUAGCCUGUGCCAACGCAACAGCCUCCUCCGCCCGACCCGGAUCGAAUUCCUCGGACUGUUAUAAGAGGCUAAGUGUUCUACGACACCCGCAUAGUCACAACAGGAGGGAAAAGGAAGAAGCCAAACCACAAGUGCCCCCUCAACUCUUGCUGGCUGAAUCCGAUGCUUUAUGGUAUAUGAGAUUACCGGACUCGAUCAAGAGGAAAUAUUUCUCCAAGGAGGAACGCAAUAUAUUACAACGACGAUGCCAGGAGCUCUUCCCUGAUGCUGUCGCUGAUCGAACAAUAUACCUUUUACCGCCACGUUAUGCCAACAGGAGUCUAACAACUCUGACAAGUCACUCGUCUGCAUCUAUUAAUAUCUACGAGGCUACUAUUGAAAGGGAGAAUUCACAUUUCGACCAAUCGUACAAGUAUAUCGACUUUCUUGACAGGCCUUCGACCAGGUCGAGCUCUUUGGAGGAUACGAAAACCGAUUUCUCUUCACUCGCCCUUCCAAUGCAGAACUUCGAACCUAUCCCCAUGAAGGCGGCUCCUGCCCCUGUCGACAUGACAUCCCGACGUCUUAUGCGAAGGUCUAUGUCUUUGACCAAGAACUUCAGACAAUCUCGCUCGUCAUUCACAGGAUUUGUCUUUACUGCAUCCACUCCGACAACCCGUUCACACUCACAUUCACAUUCUCUUUCUUAUGAUUCCAUGCAAAGAUCGCUUGCGGGGACUGGGCUCGAACACGAUGCAACAUUUUGGCAAGAUCCCGAUGCCCGACAUAAGCUACGAUUGUAUCUUGCAUCGCCACAGAACUUCGACGAGGCCAUAGAAUUUGGGUUCCCAUCUUUGGCCAAUGAUGCCUCCACCAAGAAGUCUGAGGUCGUCGAGACUGUUUCUAUAGUUACAGACGAACCAGAAGAGAAGGUUCUUAAUACCGGUCUUCGACCGCGGCCUGCUACCAGUGGAGGAGUUGAGUCCAGCUCACGACAAAACUCUCGUGGUUUCAAUGGACCACCACCACCGCCCUCAAGGCUUGACAACCGAGAAAUGACAUUACGUAUGACAUUGACUCGCAAGGACCUUCGAGCACAUGAAGAUGAGAUAUACGGCUGGCAACCAUUACGAAGCCCCCUCGGCCCACCAGAUAGCCCACUCUCACCACUUGACGUAUCUGUCCCGCCUCUCAGCCCCGUAGCAGUUGGGACCACAAAAAAGAACACUGCUACCAAAGGCUGGAAGAAGAUCUGGAAGAAGAUCAGUCACGUCUAG